AUGGCGAGUGCAAUGGCAGGAGGAGAGCCGUCCCCGAUCCUCCUCCUCCUCUCGCCGUCCGCACUCGCCUCGACACAGACAGGCUUGACCAUGCUGAGGAGUGCUUUGCCUCGCUUGCGCACCUUUGCGCAGCCCAGCGCGCGCAUCGCCAGCCGCACUCUCGCGACGGAGGCGACCCCCUCCCCCCGGCGCCACCAGACCUUCGUCGAGGACGUCCACAACCAGACUGCGGCCGAGAUUUUGAAGGAGCGUGAUGACAAGAGUGGUAGCUUCCGAGCCUUCACUCUCAACUUCGGCCCGCAACACCCGGCAGCGCACGGCGUCUUGCGUCUCAUUCUCGAACUCAAUGGCGAAGAGGUCCUCCGCGCCGAUCCGCACAUCGGCCUUCUCCACCGCGGUACCGAGAAGCUCAUCGAGUUCAAAAACUACACCCAAGCCCUCCCCUACUUUGACCGCCUCGACUACGUUUCGAUGAUGACGAACGAGCUCUGCUACUCGCGUGCCGUCGAGACCCUUCUCAACAUCGAGGUUCCCGAGCGCGCCAAGUGGAUCCGCACCCUCUUCGGCGAGAUCACCCGCAUCCUCAACCACUUGAUGGCCGUCCUCACGCACGCCAUGGACGUCGGUGCCCUCACACCGUUCCUCUGGGGCUUCGAAGAGCGGGAGAAGCUCAUGGAAUUCUAUGAGCGGGUCUCCGGAGCUCGACUUCACGCCGCCUACGUUCGCCCCGGCGGUGUCGCGUACGAUCUCCCCCACGGCCUCCUCGAGGACAUCUACAAGUGGGCGACGGCGUUCUCCCAGCGCGUCGACGAGGUCGAGGAGGUCCUCACCGGCAACCGCAUCUGGAAGCAGCGCACGAUCGGCGUCGGUCCCGUCACGGCGCAGCAGGCCCUCGACUACUCGUUCUCCGGCGUCAUGCUCCGCGGCUCGGGCAUCCCGUGGGACAUCCGCAAGGUCCAGCCGUACGACGCGUACGACAAGGUCGAGUUUGACGUCCCCGUCGGCAAGAACGGCGACUGCUACGACCGCUACCUCUGCCGCAUCGAGGAAUUCCGCCAGUCGCUCCGCAUCAUCAACCAGUGCCUCGACAAGAUGCCGCCUGGCCAGAUCAAGGUCGACGACCACAAGAUCGUGCCGCCGCCGCGCGCGUCGAUGAAGGAGUCGAUGGAGUCCCUCAUCCACCACUUCAAGCUGUUCUCGGAGGGAUACUCGGUUCCCCCCGGCGAGACCUACGCUCCCAUCGAGGCGCCCAAGGGCGAGAUGGGGGUGUACCUGGUAUCCGACGGGACCAACAGGCCGUACAGGUGCAAGAUCCGGGCACCAGGAUUCGCUCAUUUGGCCGGUGCCGACUUCAUGUCUAGGGGUCAUUUCUUGCCCGACGUCGUUGCAAUCAUCGGCACGAUGGACCUUGUGUUCGGCGAGGUUGACCGCUAA